UGCGUUUCUUCCCAAAGGUCUCAAUAACACCUAUAUUAAGAGACCCAAGGGAGAUCGUUCAAUCCAUCGAAAUCCGCUUGUAUCCUUAGAGAAUCUAUGAUCAAUGGCUUCAUCAUCUUCUACAACACAAUCAAAGCAUGGUUUCUCCCCAACCGAUUAGGUUUGUUCUGAGCUCAAACAGGUCCAAGAUCACUCUAGGGACCAUUGGUGAACAUCACAAGUGGAAGGAAGGUGCAAAAAUUCCAAAACAAAAUGAAGAUCUUGAAUUUUGGUGUUAUACCCGGUCGAGUAUGCUCCAUACUCGAUCGGGUAAGUUGCUGAAAAGUCAAAUCAAAUCAACCCGGGAACAAGGCAACAUGCAGGAGGAUUUUUUAACUCGAUCGCGUAUCCAUACCCGAUCGGGUGGCCGACAUACCCGAUCAGGUAUGACCCCAGAUUUUCAGUUUCGAGGAAAUAACCCUUACCCGAUCGGUUGAGCUGAAAACCCGAUCGGGUACACGACCCUGCAGGCCUAAAAAGCCUAUAAAUACACCACAUUUCCUCCACAAUAAA